CUCGGCUGUGAGAGGCAGUAGGCGAGCUCGCUCAGACUAGAAGAGGCGCAGCUAACGUCGACGUCGCUAGAGAACUCCCAGACAAGUUUGAAGCGGAACUACGUCUUCCACGAUCAGGGCGACUUAUUUGCUGAAAGGGUCCAGACGAGAAGAUGCCGGCUGGGGCUACGAGACGACCAGGCAGCCUCACACUAUGGGCGCUACCGUGGCUGGUGGUCGCCUGCGCGGUGGCGGCGGAAGCGGCGCGCUAUUUCGACUUGGUGCUCGACCCCGAAUCCCGGUUCCGGCUCUACUGGACGGUCGACUACGAUGCCGAAUUGCUGACGGCGGAGCUGAAGCUCGACCUUCCAUCCGACGACUGGUUCGCCAUCGGCUUCUCUGAUCGCGGAGACGUCACCCUCGCUGACGUCUGCGUGCUCUGGGCCGACCCGCACGGACGACCCCACCUGGAGGAUGGCUGGACGGACGACGCUGGCUAUGUCGCUGUCGACGAGCAGAACGACUGUGUACUGGGUAGCCUCAAGCGCAAGGGCUCCACGCUAAGGUUUCUGUUGACUCGCAAGUUCGACACCUGCGACAGCCACGACUACGUCAUCGAAGACGGCACGGUGCACCUGGUCUACGCGACGGGCAAGGGACCCCUGCGUCGCCUGGAGGGUUUGCGGCUCACUCGAGCCCAGCACGGUUUUCAGAGGGCACAGCUUCUCAAGGUCAUGGAAGAACCACCGCCGUUUCCAUCCGACACCAAGUUCGCCAAUUUUCUAAAUGACAAGGUAAAAGUUCCAGGCCAAGAAACAACAUAUUGGUGCCGGCUACUGAAGCUUCCAAGCGACUUCGGCUAUAAGAAGCACAUCGUGAGAUACGAAGCCAACAUCCAAAAGGGAAGCGAGGCGCUGGUGCACCACAUGGAGCUGUUCCAUUGCGAGGCACCGGUUGACGAGGUACUGCCGCCAUGGAAUGGACCGUGCAACAGCCCCGACAGGCCCGAGCCACUUGACCGUUGUAAGAGGGUCAUCGCCGCCUGGGCCAUGGGGGCUCCGCCGCUGGCGUACCCAGAGGAGGCCGGCCUCUCGGCUGGUGGGAGCGACUACUCGCCCUACGUGAUGCUCGAGGUUCACUACAACAACCCUGCGCAGCGCACUGACUACGUGGACAGCUCUGGCAUCACGAUCUACUACACUGGAGAGCUGCGCCCCUUCGACGUGGGCAUCCUCGAGAUCGGCCUCGAGUACACAGACAAGAUGGCCAUCCCACCCCAGAAGCAGGGAUUCCACCUGACAGGCUACUGUGUCUCGGAGUGCACGCGUGUGGCUUUGCCCAACUCCGGCAUCACGCUGGUGGCCGCCCAGCUGCACACGCACUUAACCGGCGAGCGGGUCUGGGUUCGCCACGUUCGCGGAGGCGCUGAGCUGCCCGAGAUGGCUCGCGACGACCACUUCAGCACACAUUUCCAGGAGAUUAGGCUGCUCAAGAGGAGGAUACAACUCAUGCCGGGCGACGCCUUGGUUAUCACGUGCAGUUACAACACGCUUGACAGAGCAAAUGUCACACUGGGCGGCUUCGGUAUUCGUGAGGAAAUGUGUGUAUCGUACAUCCACUACUUUCCCAAGACGGACUUGGAAGUCUGCAAGAGCUCAAUAGAGACCAGCUUUCUACAGGCGUACUUCAAGUAUAUGAACCUCUACCACGACGCACCUACGAGCGAGCAGAAGGGCAUCAGCGACAACUACAAAUCGAUACCAUGGACGCGCCAUAACGUGCUUCUGCUCGACCGGCUGUACCAGACGAUGCCGCUAUCGAUGCAGUGCAACAAGUCAUCAGGGGACCGGUUUCCCGGCAGCUGGGAAGGGAUGCCGGUGACCGAGAUCCUGUACCCGCUGCCGCCACCAGCCAGGAAUUGCCCGGAGGGUGAAGGGCUCCCGCAGCCCGGCCAGGAGUAGGGGGGCUGCAGCCACCGUGUCGCCAGGACCAGUGGCCGCAGCUACGUCAAGCCAACCAUGGGUAGCGGCGAGACCGCUUGUGCCACUGCUACUGCGGGCCGCUGUUCCGAGUGGGAGACGGUGUCUCGCAACGACAUUUUUCACCAAUGGCUCGGAACGAGUGAGGGGUUCGCUGUCGAUCCACACCUCUGCGCAACUCUAGAAGUCCAUAAAUUCUCGCUACUGGAUUCGCGUAAACAGCGCAACCCGCACGCGUCUAAAGUCCUGAAACCUGCGCUAAUAUCGGUGCAGUUCGUGCGGCGCCAGCCGUGCUUGCGCGCAGAACACAUAUUCUCAAGCACCAAGGUUUGCAUUCUAGAAAGUGAGUGCAAGGCCGAUCCACAUAGGUCGCGAAGCUUCGGGCGAAAAGCGGUUCAGAACCAAUUGUCACCGACAUCAGCAAGGGUGGUUGUGGGAGCAGCGAUUGAAGCGCGACUACGUUUGGAGGGAAUAAACAAUCGGAAAGAAAAAAGCGUUUUUUUUUUUAUUUAA